AUGCCACGGUCAAUCGAGGAGGUGGUUCUGCAGGUCAAAAGGAUCGAGCUGGUGGUUCCGUGGGACAUUCCAAAUACAAAUGCACUAUUUGUAUGCAAUCAGCUCCUGACCCGAAGUCGAUGCAGAUGCACUUUGAAUCAAAGCAUCCGAAGGAGGAGUUCAGCUUGGAGAAGUGCACCGACCUUCACGCAUCAGCCAAUGGGGUGA